GGUUUUUAAAUCGAGGGGGAAGUCGAAAAAAUACUCGAAAGAAGGACAUCGCACCAUGGAGAUGGAAGACGACUCGCUCCUGAUGCUGCCACCGGCGGAGGACGCUCCGGUCACCGACAUGCUUCAUGGCAAUACAAUGGGCAACGAGUACGAUGACAACGUGGCGGACGAAGACGUGACGUCUACGAAGGGCACACGUAAGAGAGAGCGGCUGACCCUUGGCCAGAAACGUCAAGUCGUCGACUUGGCCGCCAGCAACCAAUUUACCCAUCGUGAGCUUGCCGAAAAGUUCCAAGUCGGGCGCACGACUAUCACCAACAUCUGCAAGAACACCGAGUUGAUUCGCCACGAAACGGACUCGGCCGACAUGGUCAAGAAGAAGCGCAAAACGACGAAAUGUUCGUACGAUCUCAAGGUCCUCGACGAAGCGCUCCACAAGUGGCGCAUGGAAACGAAGGUGAGCAACCCCGAGACAAAGUUGACUGGUGCGGCGCUGCAAGGGAAAGCCAUGCAGCUCGCCCAAAUGAUGCUCUCCGAUCCGUACGCACGGCUUCCCGACAAGGUCCACGUUGCGCUAAGCAAGUUCAGCGCGUCAAACGGGUGGCUGGACGGGUACCGCACGCGGUUCGGCAGCUUCACGACCAGGGCCACCACGGCGACGUCCACCGACCACGGGCAACCCCACCACGCGCCGUUUUCCGCGUCGAUCAAGACGGUGGACUUUCAAACACGACAGCGCGAGCUCCACCACAUGCUCGAGAAUGUCGACCCCCAAGAUAUUUGGACAGGGACCGAGUUUGCGAUUGCGUCCAAGCCUCCGCCACCGCAACACGGCUCGACGGCGACGCACCCAGUCGACGGCCAUGGAGCGGAUCACACAGAUGCCGGUGGAACUAGUGGUGGAAGCCGCCUCACGAUCGGGUUGUUUGUCAAUGCAGCGGGGGAAAGUUUCGACUUGCAAGUGAUUGGCACCGAUCGCAACAGCGCGGCGACAAACGGAGGGAGUCCGCCACCGAUGCUGUGCACGAUGGCGAAUCUAGACUUGCGCCGACGGUAUCGGAUCCUGUACGACGUGACCAAGUCUGGAUACCAAGUCGCGCAUACGUUCAUGCACGUCCUGAAGCAGCUCAACGCCGUCGCCAAGGCGCGGAAACGUACAUUUCACGUGCUGCUGGACAGCGCGAUUCCCCACGUGAAGGCCGCGAUGCUUCUCGAUUCGCUCGGCGACCAGCGCACAUUUUUUCAUUUUGAGUCGUUGCGGCUGGUGUUUUUGCCGCCCAAUUUUCAUCUCGCCACGUGCCAUCCGUGCCACUUGGGCCUGAUUUCGUCGUUUAAAGCGCGCUUCCGAUACGAAGAAAUCGACGCGCUGUUUGCCCGGUGCCGCGACCUCGCGAGUUUGAUGGACCCCCAGCUCCAAUGGACGUUCAAGAACGUUCUCCACUGGUUGUCCGUCGCGCUGCACAGCCUCCGGCCGCCCGAAAUCGUCGCGGCAUGGGUUGCGUCUGGCUUGCUCCCCUCCUCCACCGUAGCAACGUCUCUCUCUCGAUUCAGCCACGUGGCAUCGCCAUCCACCGCGCUGCAGGACCUCCAACGACUCUUGGCCGACAUUGCCCACCAAAUGCCGCCGUUUCUUCCGUGGGUCGGGCUCCAGGAGCCCAACGCCCAGCUCUGGAUCGACCUCGACGGGAAAGCGUCCGUCGUCGACGCCGGCGUCGACGACGCCCAGAUCGUGCGUAGUGUUUUGCUCAAACACGGCUACCUCGAGCUUCGACCGGGCAAUCUCGACGAAGCGGUCGAAGGCGGCGCGAGUAGCAGCAGCUCGUUGACGUCGGCAGCGACCAACCAUGGCACAUCGAGUGGGAAUGGACCGGGUCAUGGCAGUGUCAACGGCGGGCUCUUGCCCGUCGAAGUCUCGCCAACGAAAGAACAAGUGUGGCACGCCAUCGAUUUACUCAAACGCCACGUGCGCGUGACUCCAGGACUCGACUUGCACGGCGUCGACGCCGUCGUCGCGCUGAAUGCUCUGAAAACACCCACUGCCAACAACGCCACAUCGACCUCCAACACAUCGUUCCAACAUCAUCUCCAUCAUGCCUAGCCACGAACGCGACUCCUCUUCCUCUCUCGUGCUCGCUUGGUAGCUGGCUAGGGCAGGCUCCGUCAAACGUGUGUACAAAAAGAGUCUAGUGCGUCAUGCACGGUGUGCCCCCAUGGCGCGGCACACAUCCCAUUCAAACGUCGUUGGGGACAUCCAUCCGAGUGCCGUGGCCAUUCCAAACAUGCGCAUGUUCGAAGGCAGCACACCAAGAAGCACGGAAUGAUCGGCGGUCGCGU